UAGUGCUGCCAUUGUGCAAUACUGGUUGUCUGUGAGUAGAUAAUUAUAGACUAUUGUUUCAUUCAUUCAGUUCAGUUGAGCUAGCUAUUUUAGUACAUCAUUGUACAUCGGGUUUUCUUGUGCUAUAAUGUCAGUCACCUUGUUAAAGGAGGUUAUACUGCCAGCAGCUUGUUCAAAAAACGGAUUCAAGUUAAUUGAAUGCUCAUUGGAUUCUGAAUACAAAGGAGGAGACCAGUUUCAAUCUAACGUUGUGUUUGUAACAGCCACAGUACUGGAGGGAAGUAACAAAAAGGACCUCCCAUUGGUGGUAAAAUUUGAACCUUUUGACAAAGAAAUACAAAGAGAGCUGAGAACAGCUAUUCAAUUUCACAACGAGGUAUUAGUGUACAACGAUCUAUUACCAUUGUUAAAUAAAUAUAAUAAGAUUACACAAAUAUUCCCAAAAUUUUACCAUGGUAUAAGUACAUUGACUUUGCCCGAAGACGAUGUAAUAGUCAUUGAAGACUUGAGACCUAAGGGCUUUCAAAUGGCAAAGCAACGUGUAAUGUUGGACUACGAACAUUUGAAGUUGGCAAUGGAAAAGUUAGGAAUUUACCACGCUUUGUCAUACAUAACAAAACAAGAGAGACCAGAUGAAUUUUACAAUUUGGUAAAAAAUCUGAAGGAACCCACCUGGUUAGAUGAUGGUUUGGUAAUUUCCCCAGUCAUCAAGCAUGCCUUCCACAGAGCAAUGGAUCCUUUGAUAGCAGCUGAUAAACAUUCUGCGAUAUUGCAAAAAGUACUCUCCCGAGUGGACGAAAGCGUGGUGAAAUUCCUCCUGGAACUAGUUCAUCCUGAAGAACCUCUGGCUGUCUUGUGUCAUGGUGAUUUCAACAGGAACAAUAUGCUCUUUAAGUACAACCAGGACGUCCCUGAGAGUGUAAGGUUCUUCGACGUCGCCACUGCUCGAUACUCUUCACCAUCAAUCGACAUUGCGUUCCUCCUCUUCAUGAAUGCCACCAAGGAAGUAAGGUCAGCUCACUGGGAUGAUUUACUCUCAGUCUACCACCAGUCUUUGAUCAAUAAUCUUGGUGCCAUUCAUGGACCUUCGAUGCAACAAUUACAAGAAGAGAUGAGGCUGAAAGGAGUCUACGGUUACGUUCACGCGUCGUUCUUCCUCCCCAUGAUGCUGUUUGAGAGCGACUUUACAAUGGAUGAUCUUUUGAACUUGUCUCCAGAGGAAGUUGCAGUGAAGCAGGCUAAGAUUGGAGGAGAAGAAGGAACAAAGAUGUUGAUGGAACUGGUGGAGGAGCUGGUUAGUAGAGGAUGUCUCACUUUGGAUCAUCCGUUUUUGAUGCAGUAAGAAAUAUAGUCUUGUUUUAUGUGAACAAUGGCUUCAAUUAAUUUUAUGUUUUUAAAAAUUUGCAAAAAUAUGUUUGACCAUCAAUGUAAUUUAAUUUCCUGUAAAGAAAGACCGAUUUUCCAAUCUUCUUUAAGAAAGUGAUAUAUAAUUUUUGAAAAUUAAGUAUAAUUU